AUGACCGAAACUGUUUCCUCGACGCCGCCGCCUGCGCCGUUGCGGUCAGCCUUGAAGUCUGAUGCUGACGGCGACAGAACCCCUCCCGCAAGUGGCAUUCUCAAAGCUGUGCAGAUAACGGAACCUGUUCCCGAGACGGAAGACGAGGCACAAACAACAAAGGCGUUCCGCGCCGGACCCAGCCGUAAGCUCAGUGGCAAACCGGCCUCUACCAAGUCUUCCGUCGCCGAAGGUUCGCCGGCCCUCCGUCCGGAUGACGAUUCUGCUCACUCUUCUGGCUCUCACCACCACCCUCACCGGCAUCAAUACUACGCCGAGAAGCUCCUGGCUCAAGUAUCGGAUUGGUUAGAGCAUGCCAAGAAGAAGAAGUUGGCUGCGCACAAGCCCAAAUCUCGCCGUCGCAAGUCCAACUCACCGCCUGACCAGGGUCGCUCCCCUUCUGAUCAGCCUGGCCGUCAAAGGUCCGACUCUAUGGACUCGCAGUCCAGCGACGUCUCUCUGGAAAAGCUCGAAAACAUUCUGCGAGACUCCCUUUCCUCUCUGGGGCUGAGUUCCAUACCUCAGCAUCCUUCCAAGUUUCCUCGUCGUCGACGUGCAAACUCUAAACCGCUUUUUCACCGUACUGCUUCUUCUGACACCGACUAUGUCGACGGAGAUGCUGUUGUGCCCAGCUGCGACGCGUGGCUAGACAACUCCAAGACGCUCAGCUACACUGCCGGAGCUGCAGGCGUUGAUGACUCGGCAGGACUAGGCAAGGCGGACAAGGACAAGGACCCUUGGCUUGUUUUCAAGAACGAGAUUAUUCGCAUCGCGCACACGCUGAAACUCAAAGGCUGGCGACUCGUACCGCUGGGAAGCGGGGAUGCCAUCAACGUCGAAAGAUUAAGCGGGGCUUUGACAAACGCAGUCUACGUUGUAACUCCACCAAAAGAGAUUGACGACUCUGAGGGGAAGAAGCUGCCCACCAGGGUGCUUCUUCGCAUUUACGGGCCCCAGGCAGAGCACCUCAUCGACCGCGAAAACGAGCUCAAGGUUCUGCAGCGUCUUGCGCGCAAGAAGAUCGGGCCUCGUCUACUGGGGACCUUUCAGAAUGGCAGGUUCGAGCAGUUCUUCAACGCCAUUACCUUGACACCGUCCAAUCUGCGCGAGCCCGAUACGACAAAGCAGAUUGCCAAGCGGAUGCGCGAACUCCACGAGGGCGUCGAUUUGCUACCACUCGAGCGUGACGGAGGGCCCAAUGUCUGGAAGAAUUGGGACCAGUGGCUUGCAAACGUCGCCAUUAUCAUGACCUAUCUCGACAAGCAAUAUGAUGAGGCCGAUGCCGAUGCCGGCGCAGGCCAACAUGGCUCGGUCGUUCAUGCCUGGAAGGCCAAUGGAUACGUGUGCGGCGUCCCGUGGGAGCAGUUCAAGAACAUGGUGGUUAACUAUCGAGCUCACUUGGAGAACUGCUACCAGAGCAGUAAGAGCAUAAAAGAACGCUUAGUUUUUGCCCAUAACGACACUCAGUACGGGAAUAUCCUCCGAAUUCGUCCCGACGAUGAAAAGUCGCCUCUGCUCCAGGCGGCCAACAAACACAAGCAGCUGGUGGUGAUUGACUUUGAGUACGCUGCCGCCAACGUGCCUGGUCUCGAAUUCGCCAACCACUUCACCGAGUGGACGUACAACUACCACGACCCUGCAGCAUCCCACGCCUGCAACCAUGAGCGGUACCCGACCCCGGAAGAGCAGCGGCGCUUCAUCAAAGCGUACGUUGAUCAUCGGCCCCAAUUCCCCGCGGCCAGCGCAACGCCGCGUUUGCGUCCGCAGGACAGCGGCUCCUCAACUCCCGCGCUCAACCCGACGGCUUCCAGCAGCUCCAUCGUCGACUUCAUGCUGGACGCCCGCGUGCCCCCGGGCGGUUGGACCGCGGCAGAGAGGGCGCGAGAAGAGCAGAGCGACUUGCAGGUGCGGGAGCUAAUGGAGGAGGCGCGGCUGUGGCGACCUGCCAACAGUGCCCAGUGGGUUGCCUGGGGCAUCGUGCAAGCCAAGGUCCCCGGGCUGGACGCCAACAACGAGCCCGUGCCGGCCGAGGCGGCGCGCAAGGCGGAGCAGGAGAUUUCGCACGACGAGUUCGACUAUCUAAGCUAUGCGCAGGACCGCGCGCUGUUCUUCUGGGGCGACUGCGUGCAGAUGGGGCUGGUCAAGGCAGAGCAUCUCCCCGAGAAGCUGAGACGGCGCUUGAAGGUUGUAGAGUGCUGA